GUCGGGGCCCAGCUUGCCCACCCUGUCGGGUCCCACCGCGAGUACUAUCGCAAGCGGGUCAACAGCCGGCGAGUCGACAGCCCCACAGUCGGCCUGCCGCGGUCGCGGUGCGCGGUGGGCUCCCGGUGGCACUCUUACGCGCUCAGCGUCGCAGACUUGGGGAAGCGGAUCAACAUUACGGGCAACAAGAUGUAUGUCGACAACGCGCACAGGAGCGACAUCGACCCGACCUAUGCUGGAAAUAGUUUGCCCGCCCCUGAUAACUGCACGGACAGGUCGUUCACCUCGUCGAAGGAGUGCAGCUUCAUUCUGCCCUCCGCCCGGUACAGGUGUGGCCGCUCGAGGGAGGGCUCCAGUUGGCUCACCGAAAAGUACUGCCAGCAGACUUGUUUUGAUACAGGCAACCCGUACACUGGCGACGAUUGUUCACCAGGUUGGCCGUCCUUGGAGUUCGAGGGAUUCAUUUGCCUCGUCGAGGAGGAAUUGGGAGGCCUCGUCGCUCUUGGAACCACGGAGUCUUGCGACACUUGGGUUUCGCUCGGUCGGACGGGGCGGAGCCAGGUUUUCUUGAAUCCUGGUAUCUGGUUCUCUAGUUCUCCAAGCGAUUCUGGUGCCACGAUGACCUUCCAAGAGGUCAGGCCAGGAGUCGUUACGUUUGCCCAGAGAUAUGGUGAGGAGCCGUGCGAUCUGGGCCCGUUUGUCUACCACGGUGGCCAGUAUUAUUUAUCCGACGCCAGGUUGGAGUUGCUCCAGAACGACCUGGUUUCGCCCUCGGGCGGUGAGCUUACUACCUGCCGCGCUGUGCCCAGGACGUUCCUCAACGAGGGCAGCUGCCAGCUGCGCGCCGCGUGCGGCGCCCUGGAGCUGGAAGGCAAUCAGCCCCCGGCGACCUUUGUCCUGAAUGCAACGACCUUCGAGUCAUUCUUCAACCUAUCAGAGAGAUACGUGUUCUCGGUCACGGGCCUGGUCGACGCCGCGUCUCCUUGUGGGAGGCGCUCGCGGUGGAGGGAACUAGACUGCAGCUCGGAGAACUGUAGCGCGACGGCCAUGAGCGCCACCGAUGCUGCCGCUGUGGCCUCGGCCAUCGCGCUGGAGGGGGGCGGCCUGCGCGAUGUGUACGUGAGUUGCGAGAGUGUGGAGGUGGGUGCGGUGGUUGCCAGCGGCUCAAGCUACUUCAUGCACGUGCACUCCAGUGAGUACAACGUCUACGACUUCACAAAGUGGGUCAGCGCGCAUCCAGGCGGCAUGGAUCCCAUUAAGCAGUGGGCCUCGCGAGGGUUCCAGCUCGAAUUCCCGUCUUGGCACCCGAUGAGCCGCUUCACAGAUGCGCAGUCGAGCCACCUGGAGUACAUCGGGAGGCUGGGGGACACCGUCGCCUUCGACGUCCUGCCUCAGGGGCUUCAGGCUGCCUGGACGGUGGGCUACGAGUCGUGCGGGUCGCCAGGCGAGGUGGCGAACGAUCCUAGUCUGGGGCACCAUUUCAGCUUCCACACAGACUUCCCGUCACGUAACACCGAUAAUUACUUCGAGAUGCCCUUUUGGAGCAUCCGGACCGAUCUCUCCAAGACCACGGUGUGGAUCAAUAUGGCGUUGGAUGCAGACGACCAGCUGCGCCAACGGGCGGCCUGGGCGCUCUCCCAGAUCCUGGUGACCAGUGUGAGCGGUGCCAGCGCUGCCAGCUCCAGCUCGGAGAGCUGGCUCACCUACUACGACAUCUUCGUCCGAAAUGCCUUCGGCAACUACCGCGACAUACUCAGGGAGGUCACGUUCAGCCCGAUCAUGGGCGAGUAUCUGAGCUUCCGGAACAGCCGGUCACUGGACUCAUCGGGGACUUUCCCCGACGAGAAUUACGCGCGGGAGAUCAUGCAGUUGUUCACAAUAGGCCUGUGGGAGCUCAACUUGGACGGCACCAGAAAGACAGACGCCAAUGGAAACGACGUGCCCACGUACAGCAACGAUGACAUCACGAGUUUCGCGCGCGUGUUCACUGGGUUCGCAGAGCAGGCGCCGCGUCCAAACAUCGAGGACUUCUCGCCAAGAAACUUUGUGGACCCGAUGCGGCUGAUUCCAGACUGGCACGACGUGUACCCGAAGACAGACCUGAGCGGCGGCUAUCUGGGCGAUGGCUUCCCGCUGUGCUCGGACCUGCCAACGCGAGCUUUCCUGCUCGAGGGGGCGAGGUACCGGUUCGUGGGGUACGCCUACUCCGGAGCAGACCUGCUCGUGCUGAGCUCCAGUUCGGCGCUGUACGCUUCGCUGGCGCAGAUCAGGCUGAGCGUCGAGCUCAACAGCUCCGUCAGCUGCUACGCGGAGGAGUGCGUUGUCAAUACCCUCCGUGUAGUCAAGGUCGGGGAGGGUUACUACCAGUACGUCCGCCCGACUUGCGUGAACCUCUACUUCUUCAACGGUCAGUCCGCCGUUGAGGGCCAGAUCAACGCUCCUGGCGCCUAUCAGCAUUCCAGCAGCAGGCGGAGGCACACGUGCAUGGAUCCGAACGCGGCGGUUGCCGGCGCGAGCUGCUGCAGGGGAUGCAGCAAUUACAUCCCCCAGCCUCGAGAUUACGAUUGCGACAACAUGUAUGAGGUACAGCCGUGGAUACUCUCCAGGGGCUGUCCAAAUAUCAGUAACUGGGACGUCCGAAAGUUCUGCCAGCUGACCUGCUGGCAGCACGGCGUCCCCUACACUGGGGACGACUGCUCGGAUGGCCUCAUCCAGUCGGCGAACGUGUGCGGUUACAACCAAGAGAGGGUAAGCUUCGCGACUGCCAGCAGGGAGUGCGAGCGAUUGGGCAUGCACGUCUGCGAGCAGACGACGAACGGCAGUCAGUGCGGCCAGGACGGCAUCCUCGUGUGGACCCCGAACGCGUGCACGGUCAGCGUGGAGGUCGGGGAGGACGGCAGGGUGGCCUCGCAGCGGGACGCGAAGACCAAGCAGAAUCCCAUCUUCGUGACGUGGGCCAACGGCUUUCCUGUCCCGGGCAGCUGCCCCAGCCAGUGCACCGACAGCGCUUCCGGGUGCCUCUGCCCCAUCAGCGUAGACUCGCGUGCCGUCUUCUCCUCGGUCCCGACCCGGUCCCAGCUUCUGGGCGAGGCGUCUCGCCUGCGCAUCGGCGCAUUCCCUCCCUCGGCUUCCGCCACCUGCCUGGCGCCCUGCGACGGGGAGGUGAGGGCGUACGCAGCAGGCGGGAGUGCGAGCGUGGACUCGAGCACGGUCUUCGAGUGCGACGGGGUAUACUACAGGAAUCUGGAGAGUGUCGUGGAGGUGGCGGGGCACAGCUUCCGCAAUCCGCCCGUAUUCGCACUCGCCAAAGAGAUGACCGGUGAUUCCGUGCGAGCGGAAGAGAUUUUUGCUGAGGUGGAGGCGCUGUUGGACCAUCUUUUCCGCCAUCCCAACUUACCACCCUUCGUGUCAUACAGGCUGAUCCAGCGCAUGGUCACUUCCAAUCCAACGCCGGCCUACGUGUCCGCCGUCGCUCAGGCGUUCAGCACUGGCGUGUACAAUGGCGAGACGUACUCGGGCGAGUAUGGAGAUCUCGGUGCUACAUUUGCGGCUAUCGUGCUGCACCCUGAAGCUAGAGGAAUUAUGUCAAGCACCUCGACGGGCAAGCUGCGCGAGCCCUUGAUCAAGAUUAUGCACUUCCUGCGGUCCAUGGAGUACGUGGAUUUAAGAGGGCGACAGAUAUACACCGACUAUCUGGACGAGAUCGUUGGCCAGUGGCCCUUCUGGUCGCCAUCUGUGUUCAAUUAUUACAGCGCAGAGUAUGCGCCAGCAGGCCUUCCUGACGGUCUGGUUGCGCCCGAGUUCGAGAUUUUCACGCCGCCGUUUGCGAUCCAAUGGCUCAACGGCAUGUUGUCUUUGGUUGACUCUGGCAGUCUCGACCAGUGCAACGAAGGUUUCGGCCUGUCGUCUCGCACUUGCAAUCAACCCGAGGGAAACCUGUCGUUUUCUGUGUCCAGCAGUAGCACUGCUCCCACCGAUGCCUUCAUGGAGGUCUCCUUGCUGCUGACUGGCGGGCGCAUCAGCGAUGCGCGCGCUUUCGACGCAGCACUCGAGGCUUCUUUGGACGGCGACCAUCUCAAGGCGGCCAUGCGCACCGUGCUUAUGUCGCCCGAGUUUCACACUGAGGGCGACCCGGAGCCAGCUGGCGAGCGCGCCGCGGCGCUUGAAGAGACGCCCCCUCAGCCAGAUUCUUACAAGGCCAUGGUCUUCCUCUUUUUCAACGGGGGCGCAGACACCUUCAACUUGCCGGUGCCCACUUGCAGCGCUCUCUACCAAGAGUACCUCACCGUCCGGCAGAAGGUGGCGCUGUCCCAGGGCCAGCUGCUGGGGAGCUCGGCGGACUCCCAGAACUGCACCACCUUCGGCGUCCACCACGCCCUCCCCCUUCGUUCGCGACCUCUGCGCGCAGGGCCAGCUGGCCUUCGCCACCAACCAUCGGCGGCCUGGAGGCCUGCCCACCACGCAGGCGGGACUGGCGGACCGCGCCGCAGUGCGCCAGGCUGUUCUCCCACAUCGACCCGCAGCACGGCGGUAUGA